AAAUUUCACGCCAACACCAACUGACCCACCCUGGUACCUACUGGGUUGGGAAGCUGGGUGAGAAUUGCUGGCAUGCAAAGUGCUUCGCCUGUCAGACAAAGACCCAGGCACAUAAAUACUCAGGUUCCAACUUCUUUCAUGACCUAUGUGGGUCAGCUGGUAGCUUCCUUAAAACGGAUUAAGUUCAUUUAUUCGCUUCGCAUAAACUUUUUUUUUUUUAUUAAAUUGGACCCAGUUAUGUUUCUUACUAAACGUGUUAUUGCAAUGAACCGACUUCUCAAUGAUUAUAGCCCUGUGGUACAGCUGCACACACACACACACACAUACACAAAGGGUACCAAUGGAGGUCAGAGACGAGUGGAGAUCUGGAGACGACAAAGCACAAAAAAGACGUGAUGGACAUUUGUCACCCACUCAGCCGCUCUACUACUGCAUAUACAAAGCAAACAGCCCAUUUCAACACAUAACUAGGACAUAUCUUCACCAUAAUCCCUGCUGCCUUUCUUGCUCACUUUGCCUAUUCUGUGACGCCCCCUUCUCUCUCUCUCUCUCUCUCUCUCUCUCGUCCUACCAUCGUACACUACAUUUGCUCCAAAAUACCUGUUCGUUCUGAAGCAGUCCCGUUCGUCUAAUCACUGUCAACAUUCACUGCUCCAUCUCCCUGGGCCCCAAUUAAAUGUUGCCUUCACAUUUCAUCACAAUUUUCUACAACUGCAAACACUUUCAGACUAUUGCUGGUUUCUGCCAUGUCUCUUCACUGUCCCGCUCGGCAAACAUCAGCCACAUAUACUCAUGUGUUUAUAUUCCAUCAUAUAUCAAGCUCCAACUAACCCAGUGCCAUUAAAUUCACUCUACCUUGCACCAAAGAGUGCAGUGGACCCUUAAACCACAUAGGUUUCUCUCUUGUUUUGUAGCACAUCCUGUUCCUACACGGCUGUUAUAUCACCAUCUAUGACCUUUAGUAUCUCAUGCUUUCCAACCUUAGUCUCAAAAAGCAGGUCCCAAAAACUCCAGCAAGCGAGAUGAGGGGGCCGCCGCCGACGAUGUUGUUGGCCGCCCUGCUGGCAAUGUCGAUGAUUCUAACGUCAAAUGGAUUGUAUUACAACGCGUCAAAUCGAGAUCUCGGAAGCAUCUACUACCAGGAGAGAAACAACAUAUUCGACAAGAAGAUAAUGCCUUCACAGUACAUCAAGCAUAACAAAACGGUUGAUUAUGCUUGUCAGUGUCGCAACCUCUGCCUGGCAAUGGUUCAGUGCCUAGCCGCCUCAUGGAUUAGAAUGACCAGUGGCAUGACCUCAAGUUGUCUCAUUUCUGAAACCUACUUUAGUCAUCUGGAACUGAUAAACAUAGACCCUGGCGUCUUUGCUGCCACGACCUUCCACUGGUUCAAAUCUGAUUACAAAAAGGGGCAGUACAAAUACUACAAGGUUCAUGAAGCACUUUACAGUUUCUCUCAAGCCAACAACGCCUGCAGAUCUGAAGGAGCACAGCUGGCUACUUCCGUCGACGCCCUGAAGAAGGCAGACAUGACAGUCCGCCUCUACCAGGGAGUUGGAGCACAAUAUUGGAUUGGGCUUUACCAGGAGGGACCUACAGCACAGGCAAUGUGGCUCAGCCCCAAUGGAAAUAUGUCAAUUCAGAUAGACUACAUCCCAGGAACCUCAAAUUGCUACUCGUUGUAUAAUGUAGGCACCUGGAUUUUCAUGAAUCAAAUCUGUACCUUAACAAAUUAUGGUGUGUGUGAGAGAAACUUCUAAUCACUACAAGGAACCAACUGUGGUGAUGCUGUUUCCAUCUAGAACCAUCUUUUACCUAGAACCUUUUACCUAGAGCCAAAUGUGGGACUGUUUUCCAUCUAGGGUUGUCUGAGAUAUUGGUUUCUCAAGAACCAGCUGUGAUGCUGAAUAUCAUCCAGGAACCAUCUGCGAUGCUCUUUUGUCAAAACAGCUGUAAUGCUGUAUAUAUCAUUAAGUAGUAAUCUGUGGUGCUGUCUUGCUCAAAGAUCAAUAAUACUUUCUUUGAAGUAACUGCAUUUUGUGUGUGUUAUACCCUGUUGUUUUAAUUCAAAACUGAAUACACUGCUACACUUUUACAGUGAAUACACUACUGAGUGAUUUUACCUGGUGGUAAUACCAGGGUAGCUUCAUCCCAAGAAAAAAUGUAAUCUCUGAUACCAAGUUACUGUGAUUUCAAGUUUUCACAGUUAUAGCUCUCAUGUGCAUCAUUACUACAAGCUAUCAGUAAAGCUUGUUUACCUUUUUGCCUUCCUAAACAACUCGCCUAGAAUCAGGUGUACCAUAUUUCCACAGAAUUUGCCACAUAAAAGCAAUUGCAGUGUUUUAAUUCAAAAUCAAAUAUAAUGUUACAUUUCCACAGGCACAGGUUGAAUUCUAAUAUUUCCAACAACUGCACUGCUGUUUCGACCCUUAUUUGAAACUCAUGACUGGUUUUCACUAAGAAAACUUCAAUGUUUCCUUUGUGAAAAUGAUUAAUUUGGUAUUUCAAAUGUUCAGCUCCACAAAGGCUUAUACAAAUCACAGAGCCAAAGUUAUUGUUUGGUAUAUUUCUAGGCAUAUGUUUAUGUCUGUGACUUCAUUCAGGUUGUAUAAGCUUUGAGCUAUGCUUAGUUGCUUAGUUUUUCAAGCUAUCUGGUCAAUAUGAAGGACCUGACUUAAUCUUUGGUUGGUAUAAAGACAUUUUAUGGUUUCUGGUUGAUGUUCUGUGGAUAAUAUCAAAAGGAAUAUGUUUUUUUUGUAGCAAUUAGAGGAAUCAAGUUGUUGGUUUAUAUGAACCUGCGUUCAUACUGGCAUAUAGGCCUAAGAGUUAGGAUAAUAAUGUAGACUAUUGGUGGGGAAUUCUAGUCACCUACAUCAAGGUUUGACUUUUGUGUUUAGUUUAGACUGGUCAUGUAAUUGAUAAGACGUUUAAGGGAACUUUGAAGCCUGUUGUGGACCGAGGAUGGCUGUCCCCGUAAGACAUAGCAGGCUAAAUGUUAGCACUUCUCUUACACCCCCCCCCCCCCACAGAGCAACCAAUAAACUUCUGUGAUAAGAGCGAUUACCACCACCAAUAUUUUGUAAAAACAUGAAUAUUAAUGGCUACAAAGAACCAUUUCAUUAUCACUCGAACAGUCAGCAGAAACCAUAAUACAGUCAUAGAUCUCAUCAUGUAACUCGUAUUGUC